AUGAUUAAAAACGCACAUGGAAAACAAAAUGGGAAGAACGCAGCUGGGUACCUUGUCCUCGUGUUAACGUACUUGCUUAUAUCAGCGCUGUUGUCAUUGUACUGCCUGGUCAAAAGGGUAAGGACGGAGCUGCAAAAGUGUCGACCGCAAAACUGGCAGCUGUCCCGAGUUAAAACACUUAUGAGCAACACGAUCAACAGAAUACUCACCUUAUGCACAUGGUCCGAUCUGAAGAAGCACUGCACCGGUGAAGACAUUCUCCAAAGAUUUGCCAACCUGUGUAAGCGACGAAGAUGGACCCCAUCCGAUCCAAAAGACGGAAAUAUCAAAACGCCAAAGCAUGUAUAUAUUGUUUUAAAAACGAGCGAUGUUAUUAUACUGAGGGGGGAGAACAAACUAGCGCCCUAUCUCGUAAACAUUGCUGUGUACCUGUAUGAACACAAAGUGGCAUAUGUGAGUAUCUACGUGUCUGAGUGCCUUUUGGACACUGUCUUUUUCAAUGACUUGGCUCGUGCAUUUCACAGUGGGGGGUUCUGCAUGAGUGCCUCCCCAGGGGGGGUGCGCGCUGUUGCCGAUAUGGGCAAUGACAUGGCUGACGCGCUCAACGGCGCUAACCAAGUCACCGUUGCGAAGCGCGGCCCCUCGCAAACGUCCCGCACGCUCUACCUGAGGUUCGUGAACAAAUCGAACGCACACAACAAGCUCAUCGAGGCAGCGGAAGGGAGCAACAUCACCUCAGAAGGGGAGGUAGUAACGGAUGCACUGCGCAAACCCGUGUGCAAUAAAAGUAUGGAAGGCUUAAUAAAGAAAAUUAUCGACUUUGACAAAAAAAUGUUAUUCGAAAAAAAGGGGAAAACAUUCCAGAGGGUAUGCUACAUUGUGUUUCUUCUCUUCACCGAAGUGAAACACAUAAGUGUGACCAAGUUAAAACGAGUCCUGCGUUCCUUAUGCAGGAAGGUGGAGUGGACCGUGACGCAAAUUAUAAAACGUAUCACUUGUUUUGUUACACAGUUGGGGGUGUUAUACAGUCCAGUGGGUACAAGCGAAAGCAACUUUUGGGCAAACAUUCCGACACAGAAAAUGAGAACAGAAUUUGCAAAUAUUAAUUGUACCAUGGAAAAGGUGGACAGGGCUGAUUUGCCUGGAAGCGAAAAGGAACCUGAAGGAGAUUCAAAAAGCACACUUGCACUUUUGAAUGAGUUUCUUAAAAACUCUCUUGUGAAGGACCAGCAAUCAAUAGACAGCAUAAAGAAGUUAAUAGGGAAGAGCAUCCCUCUGUAUGUUCAACCCAUAUGCAAGGACAUUUUCGAAGCUUCUUUUAACGACCCCCAAGUGGACGUAGUUCUGUCCUUACGAAUAGGCCUGAGUGAUUAUGUUUCUUAUACGCUUACAUGCUAUCAGAAUGGAAAGUCUAUACAACAAGAAAAUUUCGUGCAUUUUUUAAAGGACUAUUUUAGUUCCCUUUUUUUUUUGUAUAAUAUUAUUCACCCUUUUAACAAGGACGGGAUUCAGCCUUGGGUUUUGUCUAACGCGGAGGUUUAUGAGUUUUUUGAUUACAGCGUGGCGUCUGUCAGGCAGGCGCUGGCUUACUACGGCAGUUCCCUCCAAAGGCAUGGCUACUGA